AUGUAUCUUUUCAGUUGGCUUUUCAAGGACCCCCCUCUGGCCAUGGCGACCAUGGCGACCGUGGACGAGGUACCAUAUCGGUCACCUGUACCCCUUCAAUGGGAGCUGGCUCAACAGACAGAAAUUUUCCUCGAAGACUCACUAUGGCCCCAAGCUUAUAGCCUUCUCUUCAAUGUCCUUGCAUCGGGCACUAUCUCAUCAUCAAAAGCAAUUAUUCCACUGCCACAGCAUCUGGCUGUCGCAGCUACGAUGCUCGUGCACCCAAGAACGACAACGCUCGCCCAGUCGGAGUACGAAAAAGAAGCGCCUAAUGCAGCUUUGCGAUUUCUUCGGCUCACGAAUUCCCUUGUUGGUCCCAUGGAUGCAAAGUUUAAUCUCGCUUUUUGCUUCAGUCAAUUUGCAUCUUCGCGACAGGGUAAACGUCGUGGGGAAAGCCCGAUGCAUGUUGAGAAUGACAAUCCUGAUACCAGGCCUCUGAACACGAAAUUCAACAAAGCUGCUUCCCUGUGGCACUCCGCGGAGGACUUCUGGCAUGCUGUCGGCUGGGCAUUCAAUUGUUCGGUACUUCACCCGGCCCGAUGGGAGCGCUGGCAGAUAUGGCUGCAGUUUAUGUGCGACGUACUCGAAGAUGAUUGGAAUGAGCGUGAAAGAAAAUAUCUAGCGGCAAAGGAAAACCAAAGGGGGGCCUCGGUUCUGUCAGAGAUAUCUGGGAAAUCGGAGAGGGAGGCCUCGCAGGGCGCUGAAUCCCGCAAUGAGCUAGGCACUGAACCAGGCACUGACUCGGCCAAGAAAGGAAAGCGCAGGGGCAGAAAGCCUAAGGUGGUGGUAAUGGAGGCUCAUGACGACCUUGGAAUUUUCCGGGAAAGUUUGAUCUUCCGUUACAUCGCCUCAAAUACCACAGCUGGACGGAACCGCAGAAUCUUGCGGGCAAUAUUUGCCAAUGGCAAAUCAAACCUCGGCGAGUUUAAGGAAGUAUUCAAGGAUGAAACAAGAAUUCCUAUUCCUGAACAAGACUCCCAUAAUAAAAAAAAGAGGGCAGGCGAUAUCAACCUCGACAAGGAUGAUUAUGGCGACUACCAGAACAGUUCAGACGAGGAUUUCGAAGCCUAUCAAAGCUCAACCUCGGUAUCACCGCCAGUCAAAGGAUCGAAGACUAGCAAGCCACGGCGCAGCAAGCGCACCCGACGAGGAACGCGAAACGCAAUGGAUGAAGCCACAGACCCCAUCAAGAUGGCCAACGGAAGCCAAACACCCUCCCAUGAAAGCAGCAAUCUAUCCCCGCUAGGCGACUACACCUCCCUCGCCCUCCGCCAACAACUCCUCGGCAUCCUCUCCAGUCUCUCGGAAAAACUGCCUAGGGACUUCAUGCCCCUCGAUAUCCUCUACAACUUGUUCGUCGAGAACAUCCGCGACUUCUCCCUCCCCCUCUUCCAACACUUCAUCAGCCCCUCGAACCUCCCGCAUUUCCUACCCGAAGCGCAUUCCACUCUCUGCGAACUCCUCCUCUUCGUACUCCGCGAGAGCUCGGCCCCAGGCUCUAACGAUAUCUAUCUUACCCAGGCCAAGCUGGAGAAAUGCUUCCUACCUUACGCGGCGGCCAGCCCGAGCGUUGAGAACAACGCCAAGAUCUCCAUUCUGCUUGAGGCAUUGAUGACAAUCCUGCAUAAGAGCAAUAUGCUCUCUGCGACCCCAUCGCUGACAAAAGCAGUCCAGUCUGGGAUUGCGCGUCGUGAGAAGGCUACUCAUAACCGGGACUCGAUUGAAUGGGCUUAUUUGCAGGAGAGUGGGUUUAGGAUGAAGUUUAUGGUUGAGCAUAUAUUACCAUGA